AUGUCCGCCCCAGGUCACUUCGAUCGGUUGCAAGCAGAUCACCCAAAAAGUGUUAUUGAGGUCCAAAUGGGUGAGGUAAAAGUGGCUUCUUUCCAGGAGAAGCUGGCCAUUGGCACUAGGCACUUGGCAGGUUGUUCUGUUAUUCUCAUAGCCUCCGUGCAUGACCCACUUGCGGGUGACAAGAAUGCUGCUGCCAUGACAGACCGAGUAACUGAACUUCCAACAGAUACGGUGAUUGUUUGUGCUAUGUUUGGAGGAACCGUUGCACUGCGUGACCAGGGGAGGAUCAUGCACUCAAAAUUUUUGGAUUGGCCUGGUCAAGGAACCGUUGUUGCGCUGGGUAGCACGGGAUCUGCAGUCAUGGGGGGCGUCAAUGGAGAUCGUGCCCUCAUAUUUGUGGAGGAUAAGAAAUAUGUUUCCGGGUCGCCUUCUUGA